GUCGGACGAAAUUCAUAAAAGCCUUCCAUACAAAUUUAAGCAAAAUCAGUAACAAAAUCUACAUGUUCUACACAACAACACAACACAAUAGCUCGUAUUAGUUAACAAAUAAUUUGUUUUCUAAGAGAUCCUUACAAUAAGAAACUAUGUUUUUCGUGAUUGUUCCCCUGAUGUUUUACAGAGCAAUGAAGAGGCAAUUGACAUAAGGUGCUCAUCCUAGCGUUGGACAUCCCCAUGUAUGACAAAGUGUAUAAAAGCUUUCUUCUGUGCUUAGUCUCUGCGAUCCUUCGCACAGAAAAUGUUUAUAUUGUAUAUUCUACAUAAACAACACACAAGGUGUGAGGAGUGACGCGUACCAGUUUAUUGGAGACGAUAUUACAAGUAUAGAUGUAAUGUAAAAUAUACAAACAUGUUCAUGUAUCAACUAGCAGAAGACUGGGGAAAAACAACACCCCGGAAAAAAAACGACGCGUUAUGCAAACCGGUAAAGUCAAGUGAAAGACGAAUGUAAUUAGCUAAACAUUUAGGCAUGAGUGAACCUCUAGGGAACGCGCAAGGCGCGAAUUCCGAGUGCCCAACAUAAACACAUUUUCAUAUGCAAAUUCAAGGCAACAUCAAAAGAUCUUACUCCAGCUACGCAAAAAAUAGCUCGGACAAUUCCACGAGUGCGGUAUCUAGUAAAUUUACUUAAAAUGAUCCUUACAAUAAAAAACAAUGCUUUUGUCGUUGUGAUUAUUUACCUUUUUUACUGCUGCCCUAUGCUGCCACGCGAGACUGGGUUACAGAAGAACAAACGACGUGGUACAGAAGCGUGGAAUAUCCCCUAAGGGAACGAGAUAACUAGGAUAAAUAGAAGCGGUUCAACACACAUUCACACAGCGAAUGAGCGGCACUCAGCAGCAGGCAUUCCACGUCAGCAAUUUCUUUCUGCUUUACAGCUUGAAUUUCUGGAAAAAAAGAUCUCUCAUCUCCAGUAUGAGUACGUUGACUACUACCCCGAUCUUAUUGGUUCUUAUAUUCGUUGCCAUGACGACAUCAAAGAAGCUGUCACUGCACAAUGCGAAGGUAACAAGGGAUGACAAGAGGGGCGCCUUAGACUUCUACAUGUUGAGUCAAUGCAUUACCGGACGGGAUCCGGCAGACUUCAACGGGUAUGGUUGUUAUUGCGGCCUCGGCGGUGAGGGCUUCGCACUCGACGACUUAGACAGGUGCUGCGUCAAACACGAUAACUGCUACGGAAUCAUCCAGGACUCGGGAAUCUGCGGGCUAAGCUUUAAUGUCUACACGUUACCCUAUACCUACUCCGCUGACUGUAAAACAUGCGAUGAGCCCUCUGCCUAUUGGUUUUAUGGCAAAUGCCGUCAUGCUCUCUGCCUGUGCGACUUGAUAGCUGCCAAAUGCUUCAAGGAAACGGCGUAUAACGAGAAAUAUCGCAACUAUGACAAGGGCAUGUGUACCCUCCCGACUGGUGGGCCGCCUGUGGAAGAUCAUGGGACUGGCCAGAGCCUUAUGGAAUCGUAUGCUGACCGCCGCUUUGGGGUACCUGUGGAAUCUAGUGAUCACUAGAACCCAGGGAAACUAGUGGAAUUUCGUGAUGAAAGCUACGUGCUUAGUACCUAUGUACCUAAAUAGGAAUUUUGAAUACGUUUAGAAUUCAAGUUAAAAAAAUAUAGCAUUUCCAUUUGUUCUCUGACUUUCUGUGGUUAAACAUUAAAAAUGACUACAUCGUAGUCAAUUAUAAAUUGA